AUGGCCAGCGUUGUAGACCUCGAAAUCAUCCGCUUCGACCAGCCCUGGGCCAAAGAUGGACAUGUUCCGUUAAGAUACACGGCCCAGGGAAGUCAUUGUGGAGAGCCGUAUAAGGGUGUAUCCGAGACAGGGAGACAUACUUAG